AUGGGCAAGCAACGGGAGGAAGCCGCCAACAGCACCGGCGAUGACGAGCAACCACAGACAGCCUCGGCCUCUGAGCAAACCUCGAAGCAGCGGCGAGCCGAAUUCAUCCGACAAGCAUCGGUACCAUUUGUCAGGCGCAAUCGAUCCAGUUACAGGAGCAAGUCUUCGUCGUCCGAGAACCAGCACUCGUCGCAGCCUUCCACGCAGGACGAACUGGCCGGCCAAUCGAUCGACGACAUUCACGAGGCCGAGGGCGAAGAUGCUGUCGAUGACGAUGUAGACGACGAAGGUCCCCUCUUGCAUACACGAUGGCUUCGCACAUGCGAUACUGGAAAGACAUGGCAGUCUUUCUCUGUGAAAGACAGCCGCAGGCUCGAGGCCGCUUGGCAAACAUGGAUACACAAGAAUGGUGGCAACAUCGAGCUUGCCAGUCUGCCCGAGACGGAUGGCAAGGUGCAAGCUGGCGAAGUCAAGGGCUCCAUCGACAAGUGGCAAGCUCCUGAUCCUGAUGCGGACGUCGUGUCUCACAAAGUCGCCGUGGGUGUCGAUCGACUCUAUGAUGCCGACCUCAGCAAGCUCUCCAUCAGCACCGUCUUCUGGAAGGGACCUGAGCUCCGCAUCACACGCGCGAAUUGGUUCUUCGAGUCAAACAAACUCUGCCCCUGCUCUUCGGCCCUUGCCGCCGAGCUCGAAUCUCACUUCCAAACUCUGCGCCCCUGGCUCCCUUCCUAUGCCGACGAACUCAAGUCUUCCGUCUCCUUGGGGGCAGAGGCCGAAGCCAAGCUCAAGUGUAGCCUCAAGACGCUCAAGAACAGCUACGUCAUUUUCCAGGGCCCAAGGCUCGCUCGUCUCUAUCAGGAAGGCUUCUCGAAUCGCCUUUCGAAGCAAUUCUUCACCGCCUGGAGUGGCGAGCACAGCGGAGGACAGCUCCUGAUCCGCGGAUAUCAGACCCAAGCUCAGCUCACUGGUGUCAAGCAAGGAGCCAGCGCUUCCAAGACGGCGGCGCAUCGUGCCAGGUCCCACAGACCGUCGUUUUCAUCGGAAAAGCGGGUCGCAUCACCAAGAGCACCCGGCGAGGGCUCGCAAGAACUCAAGAGUCAUUUAGCCGAGGCGUUGCAGGACGAUGACGACGAGGUCCACCCCAUUGUCGUUGACGAUGCCGAAGUUACCGACGUCAAGAUUUCCGACAAGCUUGUCGACCAGAUGGAGAAGCCCGCUGGUGAAAGCGAAGAAAUGCUUCACGGCCUCAGAACGAGCGCUUCACAACCGUCCUUGAACGUCGACAAAACCAACAUCGAAGCUUCUCCCUCCAAAUUCGGUGCCAAGACCGCACUGCGCAAUUUGUCCGUCGCAGCUGGAGCAAGAAUGUCUGCCUCGGCACCGGCCAAUGAGCUGCUGCGCUCCGUUGCUUCUAGGUUCGGCGUCUGGGACGGCAGCACCGCGUCUUCUUCUGCGUCUGCAGACGACGUCAAUUCGGAGAGAGAAGCAGGCGUCUUGACACCGUCGCAGCCGGAUGACAUCAGCGAGUCGUUCAAAGAGGCGCAGUCCAAGAUUCAACAGGACCUGCCAGCGCUUGGUGCCCGAGAUCAAAGCCCUGCGGAAAAGUCGCUAGGCAAGCAGGUAGAUGAGCCCAACGAUCAGGGCACAGACGUGAACUGGGAUGAUCCGGAUGCCUUUGACGACGAGCAAGAGCGAGCCGAGGCACGACUCGAGAGUGAGCGACCUCCCGAGCUUUUGCUUGCCAUUCACGGAAUCGGCCAGAGGCUGAGUGCCGAGUGGAAGAGUUUUGACUUUACACUCGCCAUCAACACGUUCAGAGCCCUGUUGCAGACACGCGUAGAGACUUCCAAGACACCCAACGAGAUCGGUGGACACGGGCUCAGCGGGUUGGCUGCAAAGCGGCGUAUCCAAAUCAUACCCAUUCUCUGGCAGACAGGAUUCCACCAGAUGGAGGACGACGAGCAGUGGGCAGACCACGACUCGGAUGCCGAGGAUCCGGACUCGAUGAUGUACGACAACGGCGUCGAGCUCGAGAUGGAGCACAUCUUUGGCGAUGACGGCAUUCCGAUUGUGCGAACGCUGGUCAAGGAUGUGCUGAUGGACAUUCCUAUGUACCUUUCGCAGCACAAGGCGCACGUCAUCCGAUCGGCCAAGCUGCAGGCCAAUCGACAAUAUCGUCUGUUUGUCAGACGCAACCCUGAGUUCGAGGCCAAGAGUGGCCGAGUCCACAUCGUGGCUCACAGCCUCGGCACUGUUAUCUCGUCGGAUUUGCUCUCGCAGCAGCCCAACCGCGUGCCUCUGGUCAAGGAUCUGAGCCACGAGGAGGUGCAGAAGGCCGCGAGCCAACGCCUGCUGUUCAACACACACAGCUUCUUUGCCGUCGGCGCACCCGUGGCCCUCUUUUUCGUUUUGCACCGUGCGCAACUGAUCGCACGCAGCGGUCUGGUGCGCUCCAGCCGCUUUGUUCGAGACGAGCCUGGCAUCACGCUGGAUCGCGAAGGCAAGUACGGCUGCCUGGCCAUCACGAAUUUCUACAACAUCUGGAACCAGUACGAUCCCGUAGCCACGCGUGCGAGUCCGUGCGUCGACGUGCAGUACGCCAAACUGCUCAAGCCGGUGCCGCUCAACAAGGUGAUUCGCAGCAUUUUGCGAGCCGAUCCGGAUGCCGACAACUUGGACAUUGCCGAGGACGGUGGCUCGCAAUCGUUUGGCUCCGGCAAUGCUGCAGACUCGGACUCGGGCAUGGCAAAGCGCAAGGCAGCGGCUGCAAAGCGAAACAAGGGCUUCUUUGGGUCCUGGAGUCGCAAAGCCGGCGAAACGGCACGAGCCACACGCAGCAAGACCAAGGCGGCUGGAGAGGGCGACGGCGAGCAGACAGGCGACGAGGGUGCUGCUCGGACUAGCAUGGACGUGUCGGAGACGGACGAGGCGAAGGAAGCUCAUCCGGACGCAGAAGGCCUUCGGUCCAAGCUGGCAGCCAAAGCGCGGCAAGAGGAGGAGCGCAGGGAGGAGCGCGAGCGUAUCGCCGACGAAGAGAGGAAGAAGGGCAUGAGCGCGAAACGUCAGGCAAGAGCCGAAGCUCGACUGCGGGCGCUGAACCCGCUUCAUCGCAUCGACUACUACAUGCCAGUGGAAGGAUACAGCCUGUUGAGCACCAUCAACCAGUACGCCGAGCUCAUGACGGCUCACAUGAGCUACUGGACCAAGGUGGACUUUGCCGACUUUCUCAUCACCCAGCUCAUGGCGGACAACGACCGACUGGAGAGGAGCCUGGAUUACCGUGAUGUAGAAGGGUGGGAGUGA